AUGCGUUUGUUCCACGUGAUUUGUCUCACUGCAAUUGUAUGUUGUGCGUCGGCAUCGAGACAGGACUUUCUCACCAAAUUCUUCAAUGAGUGCAUCGGAGCCGACUCGUGGUCCUCGUGUUUGAAGCAUGAGGUGCUCAGUUAUCUCGACGAAAAAUUGGGCACAAUAACGGAAGCUCGGUCGCUGGAGACCGUCGACGAAGCGCUAGUUGUGAGGAGCGUCAAGUACCUGAAGAGCUUCGACUACGGCAUUGAUCUGCCGUUCGUCGAUGCUAAACUGAAGUACAGACCGAGCCGCAGUCUCGCGGAUCUUGAUGUCGAAUUCAAGAACAGCGAGGCUGCCACCAGCCAGGCGAGGGGACUCCUCAAGAAGAAGCUGUUGCUGCCGUUUUUGGUGCUUCUAAAGCUUAAAAUGAAGGCACUGAUGCCGAUCUUUGUUGCCCUCAUUGGACUGAAGGCGAUGAAGGCACUGAUUCUGUCGAAGGUGGCACUCCUGGUGGUCGUCGCAUUUGUUGCACUGCAGUUCUUCAAGAAGGGUGGCAUGGCUCCUCCCACGGGAAUGUCGAUGGAACCGGCUCCUGCCGGUGCUUACGGCGCCCCACCAGUGCCCACUACCACUUCCGGAUAUGAACCCAUCAAUACGUGGGAUGGUAAUGGUCCUUACUCGAGAGUAUGGACCCCCAGUGAUGCUCAGGGUCUCGCUUACAACUACUACUCACCGAGCAGCAGCAGCGGAAGCUCCGCCAAUUCCUACGGUGCACCCUCAGUUUCCUCGUCCUCAUCGUCAUCAAGUAGCUCAGGUAGUUAUUAG